UCUACUUAAAUUAAUUAAGUUGAUUUGGACUUUAAAGAAAGUUUUUUAGACCAAAUGACAAAUAUUAUUAUUUAUAAUAAAAAUAUUAAAGAAGAAAAUAAAAAAAAAUAAAAAAUGAAUAAAAUACUACUCACCCUUUUGGGAGUUGCUGCUAUAUUUUCUAUUGGAUUAACCAUUGGAUUGAGCUUUGCUAACUCAGACAAUAAUCUUGAAAUUACUGGCGCUCCUAGUCCAUAUAUAACAUUUGUUGAUAAUGAUUCUUUUGAUACCUGUUUAUAAUAACUUGUUGGUUAACCUGUCUAAAAACAAUUAGAUUCUAUUCGCGAAUUUUUGUUUUAGCAACGCAAAUUUAUAAGAGGUGUUUAGAUCUUAUAAAUAUUAUCUCUAUUUAAAAGAGAUGGCUAUGCUCUUAACAUUUCACCUAGAGAUGAAGUUAUUGUCAUCAUGAAGGCUUAUAUUGCCCCUCUUACAACAGAAGAAGCUAUCUAAAUAAUAUAAUCCAUUGGAAGCAGUAAUGGUAUUGGUUCAAGUAUAAUCAUCUCUCAAAUUUAUGAUUUAGAAAAUCAAUAAAAUUAAGCUAAUCUUAAAAAUACUAUUGCUUCCUACUAGAAUGUAGUCUAUAAUCAUAUUGCUGUCCCAUAGUAAUCAAAGAAUUUCUAGUAAAACUUCUUAAUCACUUCUGAGGGAGGUCAUGUAGGUUUUAUUGUUGACCAAUCUAAAUCUAUGGCUCAAGUUGCUUACACUGCUUAGGAUGGAACUAAGGUAACUAGAUAUGAUUUACUAAAGAAUUUCUUUAUCAACAAAUCAGAUAUCCUUCAAAGCUACACUACUUUUUCUUUCUUAUUCAUGGGAAGUUAAAAUUAAAAUUAUAAAUGCAUAGCUUGUGCUGUCGGAAGUUAUGAAUAUAAUAAGUCAUUCAAUUCAUACGUUUAUAAUAUCUUAUACAACUAAGGAGAUUCUAACCUUUACUCUACAUUGGAAUAACUUCUCUCUGAUCCUUACAGUACUUUAUCUGAAGUAUUUAUUUUUUCAGAUGGUAUAAUAACUGAAGGUACCAGUUCCGUAAACGACUUCACCAAACUAAUUUCUAAAACCAAUGUCCCUAGAAGAAACAAAAUCCGUAUUAAUACUGUUUCUUUCUUAAUUGGAGGUGAGGAAGAUGACACUGUUAAGUAAGAGGCUACUAAACUUUUACAAACACUUGCUGAUGUUACUGGUGGUACUUUCAUUCAAAUUUCUCUUUAAUAAUGA